UUAAAAGUAGUGAGAUAAGCACAUUAAUUCUUUACGCAUUUUAGCAAAAAAAUGGACCACCCAACUGUUCAAUUUCAACCAUUCCAAUCCAUGUCUAAUGGUAGAUGUGACCAUCGGCUAAAAUAUCUUAUGUUAUUCACAUGAACACGAAUUAUAUAAAUUAGUACACGUCAAUUACAAUAGUAGUAGUAGACAACCAUCUGUCUUCCAAUUCACUUAGACAAGGUUUCUUUCCUCGAUAAGAUAAAAUGAAUUCACAUCGUGUUCUCGCAUAACUAGAUACCAACAUACACAAACCAAAAAUCUUCAUCUUCCUCCACAAAAAAAAAAUGGACAUUAAAGAAAAUGACGAGUCUCGAGUUAUAACACCAACCGAACUUCAACCUCAUGAUUCAGUUUCUGCAAGAACAGGAACGUUAUGGACGGCGGUGACACAUAUAAUAACAGGAGUGAUAGGAGCUGGAGUGUUGUCGUUGGCUUGGGCCACGGCGAAGCUCGGCUGGAUCGCUGGUCCAGCCGCUCUUAUAGCCUUCGCCGGAGUUACACUUCUCUCUGCUUUUCUUCUUUCGGAUUGCUACCGUUUCCCUGAUCCUGACAACGGUCCCCUCCGACUUAAUUCUUACUCUCAAGCCGUUAAAUUGUAUUUAGGGAAGAAGAAUGAGAUCGUAUGUGGGGUCGUUGUAUACAUUUCCCUAUUUGGUUGUGGUAUUGCUUAUACCAUAGUUACAGCGACAUGCAUUAGAGCAAUUAUGAAAUCGAAUUGUUAUCAUAGAGAAGGACACAAUGCAACAUGUUCUUUUGGAGACAACAACAACUACUUCAUGCUUUUGUUUGGUUUGACUCAGAUCUUUAUGUCACAAAUACCUAAUUUCCACAACAUGCUAUGGCUCUCUCUUGUUGCCGCGAUUAUGUCUUUUACUUACUCAUUCAUUGGCAUGGGCCUCGCCCUUGGCAAAAUCAUAGAAAAACGAAAAAUUGAGGGAAGUGUAAGGGGAAGUCCAGCAGAAAACAGAGGUGCAAAAGUAUGGUUAGCGUUCCAAGCUCUUGGGAACAUUGCCUUUUCAUAUCCUUUCUCAAUCAUACUUCUUGAGAUUCAGGACACAUUGAGAUCACCACCAGCAGAGAAGGAAACGAUGAAGAAAGCCUCGACGGUUGCGGUAUUCAUCCAAACGUUCUUCUUCUUCUGUUGCGGAUGUUUUGGGUACGCAGCCUUUGGGGAUUUAACCCCGGGGAAUCUCUUGACCGGUUCCGGCUUCUAUGAGCCAUUCUGGCUCGUCGAUUUCGCCAACGCUUGCAUUGUUCUUCAUCUAGUUGGUGGAUAUCAGGUAUACAGUCAACCGAUCUUCGCGGCUGUGGAGAGAUGGUUAACCAUGAAAUACCCACAAAACAAGUUCAUUGCCAGCUUCUACGGAUUCAAACUGCCAUUGUUACGAGGAGGAACGUUGAGACUGAAUCCAAUGAGGAUGUGUCUAAGAACGAUGUAUGUGUUGAUCACAACGGGAGUGGCAGUGAUGUUUCCCUACUUUAAUGAAGUCUUAGGAGUAUUGGGGGCAAUUGGAUUUUGGCCUUUGGCAGUGUAUUUUCCUGUGGAGAUGUGUAUAUUGCAGAAGAAGAUCCCAAGUUGGACGCGACCAUGGCUUCUUCUUAGAGGUUUUAGCUUUGUUUGCUUGCUUGUCUGUCUAUUGUCUCUUGUAGGAUCUAUUUAUGGACUUGUAGGAGCAAAAUUCGGAUGAUUAGCCAAUUAUUGACUGUGUGAUGAAGCUUCCUACUCUAGUUGGUAAAUAAAUGUUAAGAGUAGAUAAACAAAAUCUACAGCUUAAGAAAAUGUUUCUGUAAAUGAUAAAGAAGGGUUCCUAAACACAAAUUGUGGUAAUGUAAAAAAUUUAUGAUUUGGUUGUAAUCUUAGUAAAUAAAACAUAAAAAUGGUAUUCUUA